AUGAUUUUGAAGCAUAGGUUAAGGGUUCUUGUGCUAAUAGCUAUAGGCUUAAUUGGAGUGCACUUGCUUACCUCCAAUAGAUUUCAUUCCAACGAUUUACAGAGUUUUCUUGAUAAUACUAUAAAUGCCAAACCAAAUACCGGCAAGAAUAGACCUCCAGAACCGGGAAAAAGUCUGGGUUCUGAAAAAGACAAAGUUCUGUCAACAAGUAAUAUUAAACCAGUAAAUCCCAAAAUUCGAAAUUACAAGAUAUUUUUCGAUGACCUUGACAAGUAUAGCAUUUCAGAACCUUCAAUUAAGGGUAAAUACAUAACGGAAAAAGCAAAAGAGUUGUUCUCAACCGAUGACUCAUUCUUGUUUAGUAAAGAGUAUUUGGAGAAUGUUUUGGAUAUCCCAGAUGCUACGUACAAGGCGAUGGCCGACAGCCAUUAUCAAUAUGUACACGAUCAUAUACCAAACCUCAUUAAUAAAGGCGUAGCUACUUUUGGAAAACUCGUUCCAAGUGAUCCCGAGUGGCUGAAAUAUCACGGCUCUUCAGGAUAUGUGCUUAUUGGUGGCGGUAAAUAUAGUUGGCUAUCAUACCUUGUAAUCAAACAAAUCAGAGCCACCGGGGCAAAGCUACCAAUAGAACUAUUCUUAGCUUCAAAGGAUGAUUACGAAGAAACAUUCUGUACUCAUAUUCAAUCAAAAUACAAUGCUAGGUGUAAUGUCUUUGACACUGAGUUGGCUAAGCAAUUGCAGGAAAAAUUCAACAUUGGAGGCUAUCAGUACAAGAUGCUAGCAUUGUUGAGCUCUCAAUUUGAAAAUGUAUUUUACAUAGAUUCAGACAACUUUCCAACAAAGAACAUUGACUACAUUUUUGACUCAGAAUUAUACAAAAAGAACAAUUUGAUUUUAUGGCCUGAUGCAUGGGCGAGAACCACAAACCCAAAGUUUUACGAAAUUGCUGAAGUUGAAGUUAAGGAGAAUAAACUCAGAUAUUCAAAAUACGAUAUUAAACAAGCAGGUGGGGAGGAGAAUUUGCAACCAUUUUCAAAAUACACUUUUGCCGAUUCGUGGUUCCACGAUUUUGAGGGCACUUUACCGGAUCCAACUUCUGAAACAGGGAUGCUUGUUAUUAAUAAAACUAGUCAUUUGAAAACGUUAUUACUUUGUUUAUACUAUAAUGUGUUUGGUCCGAAUUUUUACUACCCAAUAUUGACUCAAGGUUCGGCAGGCGAGGGCGAUAAAGAAACAUUCAUAGCAGCGGCUACAGUAAUGAAAGAACCAUGGCAUCAAACUUUGAAACAGUUUCAGUGGGUAGGAUACCACUCAAAGGCAACUGACAGCUUUACUUCGAAAGCUUUGGGCCAUUUCGAUCCAGUCCAAGCUAAUGAUAAACCACAACCAGACAAUGUAGAUAUAGUAUUCAUGCAUUUAUCAUAUCCUAAAUUUUACCCCAAUUGGUUAGUCGAUAACAAUGAUUUGAUUUAUAAAGAUUCAGAUGAACAUAUUCGAAUGUAUUCGGCAAUUGACAAAAAUGUGGGAUACGAUUUUGACUUGAGAAUCUUCCAGUUUUUUACAGAAGGUAUUUGUCCAAACUAUUAUAAAUCUGAUGGAUCAGCUUUGGAUAGCAACGUUGAUUUGAAUAAGGAGACAUCAUAUAUGGGUAAUUACCUUGAAUACAUCAGGGCGGAUGAAGAAACAAAUAGAGACCGAUGCGAAAAGGUGUUUAUUCCACAUUUGGAAUGGCUAAAGAAAACAAUACCAAACGAUAAGUCAAAUUAA